UCUCUCUUUUCUCUGGUUUCCAUGUUACCAUUUUUUUCUAUUCACUUGUUAUCAUUUGUAAUGAAUAUCGCCCAUAUGAUAAUGUAACAUUGAUAAACAGCGGCGUCAUCAUCAUCAUCAUUAUCAUCAUCAUCGAUGGUCGUUUUUUUUCUUUGUGUAUACAACAAUUAAUCAUUCUAUUUUCAUGCUGUUAUUCCAUCGUUGUCACUUUUUCUGUGAGAACAAAAAAAACGCAGAAACAGAAACUUUGAACCAUUUUUUUUAGUGUGUUUUAAAUCAACCGAUAUACGUCAAAAUAUAGAUGACAACAACAACGCCAUUUAGUGUGUGAUUCAUUCAUUCAUUCAAAUUUUCAUUUUUUUCUCGAUUGAAAUUUUGAACAAUCGACAAAUCCAUCGACCUUUGUAGCAUCAAUAAAGCAUCAAAAAUGAACGUAUUUCAAACAAUUGUUGGAACAUUAAAACCAGAACCACAACAGCAACAAGAACAAAAUGGUAGUAAUCAAGAUACACCAUGGCUUAUAACAAGCGCAGCACGUGCUGUUGGAUCAAUCGCCGGUGUUGUAAGCAUAUUAUGUGGUUCAUUUUUGAUAUUGGACAUUUUAAAUGUACAUUGCAUAUUUAGCGGCGCACUAUUGAUCAUCGAAGGCUUUCUAAUGAUAUUGACCGAAGCACCAUGUUGUUGUGUAUUUUUUGAAUUUGCCUAUAUGCCAUCGACAUUGAUGAAUAAACGUCCACCAUGGAUCAAGGCUACCAUUUAUUUAUUCUUUGCAGCCAUACCUUUUUUCUGGUGUACAGGUGUUAGUACAUUUUUUUCAUCCGGUCUGAUUAUGGCAACCAGUGCACUAUAUCUUUUAAUGGCAUUGGGUAAAAAAGCGAAUCGUGAAGAAAUGAUGGCUAAAUCAUCACAGGCUGGAUCAUCAUCAUCUAAUAAUAAUGGCAAUCGAUCAAUACCAACGGCGCCUACAUCAAUUCUGGUGCAGAAUGAAGAGGUUCCAUUACCAAGUGGACCUGGUUUUGGUGGUGUUGUUGGUGGUGGUAAGAAUCAAGUUUUGUACUGAAAACAAAUGAAUCAAGAAUAAUUCAAAAAAAAAAAAUCAACAACAUUUCACCACAACCAUAAUUAUAUCAUCAUCAUCAUUCAAGGCCAGAUCAGGUGUGUGAUGAAAUCAUCGUCAUCAUCAUCAUUUUUUU